AUGGAAAGCUUGAUCACGAAGAUACAGCAGGAAGCUGCUUCGGCCAAUUAUGUCGAGCGCAAAAAGCUUCUAGACACUUUGCGGGACCUGCAAUACAGCAUCGAAGCCCCCGAAGAUGCCAUGCAGAGAGUGAUACACAUGAAUCUUCACUUCGCUUCAAUCCGCACAGCUCUUGACUUGAACCUUUUCAAUGAUCUCAUUGACAGUCGUAUUCUACGGUAUCUGGCGUCACUUGGAGUGAUCAAAGAAACUGGCAGAGACACCUUUACUGCGACACCAUAUACAUUCAAUCUAGCAAAGCCCGAGAUUCAAGCCGGGUUAUAUGUCUACUUUGACAUGUGCAACCAAACAUUUGCAGAAAUGCCCCGUUACCUUGCGGAGACUGGCUACAAGAACCCUACCAGUUUCACAGACGGGAUCUUCCAAAGGGCUUACAAAACUGACUUGCACACAUUUGCCUGGGUUCAUGGCGAUCCGGUAAGAAGUGCUCACUUCAAUCACUUCAUGAAAGCACAACGGGGGUCCCAAGCCAAAUGCUUCGGCUUUUACCCCUUUGAAGAAGAAAGUAAGGGCUGGCCAUCGAACAAGCCCCUGUUUGUGGAUGUUGGUGGCGGCGCUGGAUAUCAAACGGCCGCCUUCAAGGAGCAAUUCCCGAAUCUAUCCGGUCGUGUGGUUUUGCAGGACUUGCCGGAGCCAGUCGAGGACGCCAAAUCAGUCGUUCCAAGUGACGUCGAGCGAAUGGUGCAUAAUUUCUUCGAACCACAGCCCAUCAAAGGUGCCAAGUACUACUAUUUGCGAAUGAUCUUGCAUGACCAUACAGAUGAGAAUAGUAUGAAGAUCUUGAGUCAUCUAGUACCGGCUCUGGAGGAAGAUUCUCUUAUUUUGCUCGAUGAAAUGGUUUUGCCUACUGAGCAUGUGGACGAAGCGUCUACACAAAUGGAUCUGACAAUGAUGACGUUCCAUAGCUCGAUGGAGCGGUCGGAGGAACAAUGGGCGAAGCUUGUAGGAGCGGUAGGACUGAAGAUCAAAAAGGUGGUCAUGUAUGCGCCGGGUUUCAAUUUGGGGGUUGUUGCAUGUGGGCUCUGA